CGAGAUCAAAGGAUGGGGAAAGCUGCCAAAACGAACGAACCCACGCCGGCAAACUCGGCUGCAGAGGACCUCUGGGCUGGACGAAGCGUCGGCUCCUUGGCAGAGAACUGGAUCAACGAGAACGAGGUGUCGGCGUUCGACCCAAAGUUGGUUGCACACAUCUACAAGACGUACUUGGACCACGUGCCAAACAAAGAUCCUUCGUCGCGUUAUCACGAGAUUUCGCUCUUGAGCUCGACGGGCUAUCUGGAAAAUUACCUGUGGCACCAUUUUGACGCGGAGACGCACGCGACGGACAGAGUCUUACUGCUGUCGAUGGUUGCACUCUCCAAUGAGACUGAUGGGCGUCUGUGGGCGUCCGUGGACGGUUCGAAGUAUGCAGCUUACAUUGACGCGCUGUUUCGCGCCAAACAUGGCCAUUCGUUUGCGUCCUGGAGUCUGCAGGAGCACGCGCGCCUCUUACGCUUCAUCACGCAUGGCAUUCGUCAUCUUGAGCACGCUCAUGUCGCCAAGACGAUGCUGAAGUACGCAUCGCUGCCAACGUGGAAGCACUUGUCCGACACCCAGAGAAAUCUUGUCUUUGCGGACCACCCCAAGCUCAAACGCCACUGGCAGAACCGCAUCGUGGCACAGCCGUCUGCCUCCAGCCCCGUGGCGAAGAAGCGUAAGGUCGCUCCCUCGCCGUCCGGUGCCAGCGCAACAGACGAUCUCGACAGCGAUUUUUACGUUGGGUUGCUCCACGAUCUCAAGUCCGUCUUGCGCCACGACGGAGCAGUCACAGCUUCUGGCGACUCCGACGACGACGUCGCGCAUUACCUCGCGCAUGCCCUAGAGCUGUGGAUCGAUCUGAUGAGCCAGCUGCCGACGCGCCGCUUUCUCCGCUCGCUGGUGGUGCAUUUGCAUUUGCUGAUGGCGUGUCGCCAUAGCGCCUUUGCCACGAACCACGCGUUGCUGUCGAAGCAAGUAGAAUUGCUCCAUUUUUACGUGCAUUUUCCACUCGACGACCAGACCGGUCACGCGUGGACUGCUGUCGAGCACAAAGCGAACGUCGCUGCGCGCGCGCAUGCUUUGCAAGUGGCGGCGUUUGCCGCGCAUCCGUCGCUGCACGCGUUGUCGCUUCUCCCGAUCUCGGCCUUGAGCAACCGGUCGAUUUUGCAAACCCAACUCGCGCUUGUGGCAGACGAGGUGCUGUUUCCCUUUGCUAUUUCGUCGGGGCUUGUCCAGCCUUCCGAUGAAAACGUCGACCUUGUCGAUGCAUUCGUUGACCGGUUUGCGCUGCACACGCCGCCGACGCUGACUUCGCUACCGCUAUUCCCAACGGAAGGGGACCUGUGGGCCCCCGACAUGGUGUCGCUGGAUGACGACCGCCACACGAUCCUCUCGACGCGGAAACUCAACCUCCAGUUCCUCAGUCUGCCCGAUUACCUCUACCGCAAUUACGAGUUAUUUCGCCUCGAGGCGGCUUCUGGCGUCCGGUCCGACUUGGAACAGGCUUUGCACGUGCUCAAGCCACAGCCGUCAGGCAACCUCCGCCGGCCCGCCUUUCGCCGCCGCCAUCCCAUGGCAUCACUCUUGGAAGCUCUCAAGAUCGUCCGCGUGGACCAGCCUGCGAUCGGCGAGCUCCAUCCGUCGCAAGUGAUUGCUCAAGUCACGGUGGACUUGACGUCCGACGUGGUCACGGCAUGGGAUGCCGCGCUCCAGCAACCGAAUCAAGUGAUUUUUCUCCUGCAUGUCGAUCCUGCCGCCGUCCCCCACGACGACCAAAACAUGUCUGUCCUGAACGCAGCAGAAAGGUACGGCGUCCAGAGCGUCCGUGGCGCAACUGUGCUGCAAGUGCUGGACGGCCAUGGCACGGCGAUCGGGGACCUCGUAGAGGGUCCGGAUGGAUCGUUGGUUCGCACUCAAGGCAAGGGCACCCGCCGCGUGUUCCGCGUCAGUUUGGACGGGGUUCAGUACGCAAAGGACGUAGCGAGCGGCAACACGGACGUGUAUACAACCCUGAACGUGAUCGUGCGACGGGACGCCAAGGUCAACAACUUUAAGUCGGUGCUGCAAACUAUCCAAGACGUCCUCAAAGAGCAAUCGCCGACGCGCGUGCUGCCUCCGUGGUUGGCCGAUGUCUUUCUUGGCUAUGGCGACCCGGCGUCGGCGCACCACAGCCACCCGUCAAACAAAGCAAAGCAACCCGCCAAGCUUUUGCUUUUUGACACGUUCGCGGACAAUGCUCACGCGGCGUCUUCGUUCGCCAAGGCCAAGCAGGUGCUGUUGAUCGAUGCCACGACCAAGAAACCUGCCAAUGCGAACGAUCAGGACUCUGGCACGUACUCGAUCGUGACUGACAAGGACAGCGUCGUCGUCGAAGUCGGCCCGAAGCUGCAAGGAACCGCCCCUCGUUCGGUCAAAUUCACUCCGACGCAAGUGGAAGCGAUUGCGAGCGGGAUGCACGAGGGCCUCACUCUCGUUGUGGGGCCACCAGGGACGGGAAAGACGGACGUCGCGGUGCAACUGAUUGCCAACUUGUACCAAGCGCACCCCACGGAGCGCCUCGUAGUGGUCACUCAUGCCAACCACGCGCUCGACGAUAUUUUCGAAAAGCUGCUGGCCAAGAACGUGGUCGACCCCGGGCAUUUGCUUCGACUUGGCGGCGGCGGGACCACGGUGUCGACCACGAAAGACGAACGUGACUACGCAAAGGACUUUACCAAAACGGGCCGGGUCGCGUUUCUUCUGGCCCGUCGCGCGCUGCUUCUCGACCAAGUCGAGCACCUGGCGCAAGCACUGGGCGGCGCCGGUGCCACGUCUGGCGCGUCGCACUCGUGUGCCCAAGCCGACUACUUUUACACCCGGCACCUCGUCCCCGCACUGACGUCGACAGAAGACCACGUCGACUUGCGAAAGGUCGUCGCAGCGUUCACCCACGCCACGACCAUGACCGGUCAACUCGAGUACCUCGCACGUGUCUUUGCCGAACUCGCGACGCUGAGUGCGUUGGAAGUGCUUCGCACGCCAAAGCAACGAGGCGAUUAUCUCUUGGUCAAGCAUGCGCGCGUCGUCGCGAUGACGUGCACGCAAGCCGCGUUGAAUCGAAAGCGGUUCAUCGACAUGGGCUUCCAGUACCACACGUUGAUCAUGGAGGAAGCUGGUCAAGUGAGCGAGAUCGAGUCGCUUGUUCCGAUGCUCCUGCAAAAGACAACGACACAGUUGAGCCGCGUCGUGCUGUUUGGCGACCACUUGCAGCUGCCCCCAGUCGUGCAAAACCGUCCCCUCGCCAACUUUUCCAACUUGGACCAGAGUCUAUUCUCGCGACUGAUUCGUCUCGGCGCGCCAGCCAUUCAACUGGAUCAGCAAGGCCGCACGCGACCCUCCAUUGCCGCCCUCUUCAAGUGGAGGUACAAGGACUUGACCGACUUGAAGCCUGUGACGUCGGCGCCGCCGUUUACCAUGGCCAAUCCAGGCUUUCGCCACACGUUUCAGUUUAUCGAUGUUCCAGGAGGAUCCGAGACGUCUCCGCGUCCGCAUGCGUUUGAGAACCACCUCGAGGGACUGUAUCUGGUGCAGGUAUUCCAGUACAUGCGCCUGAUCGGGUAUGCGGCCGACCGCAUUGCCGUCUUGACCACAUACGCCGGUCAAAAGGAAUUGCUGUGGUCGAUGUUCCAGCCGGGAAAAGCUGCAUUCGGGUUGCCUUCGUCGAUCGCUACCGUGGACGAAUUCCAAGGGCAGCAAAGGGACUUUGUGCUUCUGUCGCUCGUCCGCACGCGCCACGUCGGUCACAUUCGCGACGUCCGACGCGCAAUCGUGGCCGUCUCCCGAGCCCGCUUUGGUCUGUACGUGUUUGGGAAGAAGGCUGUGUUCGACUCGGCUGUCGAGCUCAAGCACGUAAUCAAACCGCUGACCCACGCAACGUUCCUGGAGCUGCUGCCGUCGGAGCGCGCCGACAAUGGACCCAUUUCCCGUCGAGAACACGAUAACGUGGAGAAUGUUCACGUGGUACCAGACAGCAAACACAUGACGGACCUUGUGGCCAAGAUGAAGGCCAAGUAGAAGAUCUCGGUAGCUUGCAUCCCACCGUUGUUGUAAGUUUCAUGAAUAUAAACGGGCCAACUGAAGUACUGGGGCACUGGCAACGACGUAUCCACUGCUGUUGUAUUGGAAAUGACCGAUGUUAGUGCAGCAAAUCCAACACGCGCUCGGGAGGUCGUCCGAUGACAGCGCGGUCGUCUUUGACGAAGAUCGGCCGCUCAAUCAAGCUCGGAUGGGAAACCAUUGCCUCGAGCAACUGUUGACGGUCCACUGCGUUGGUUGGGUCCAACUGAUCCAAAUGCAACGCAGUGAAUUCCGCAUUGCCCGUGCGCACAAUUCGAAGCGGGU